AUGGAAAGAAAUGAUUCAUCUACUUCAUCAAGUCAUCUUGAAAAUGAUCCCUUAUCAGAGAAACCAAAGGAUUUAGCGGAUAAGUUAGGUGAUGCUCAUCUUAAUAUCUUACCUACCAAGAAACUUAUGAUUUGUUUAUUUGCCUUAUCAUUAGGUUUAUUCACAGCUUUUGCUGAUCAAACCAGUAUUACAAUCGCUUUAUCCAAUAUAAGUAAAGAUUUAAAUGCUGAAACUACCAUUAAUUGGGCUGGGACAGCUUCUUUGUUAGCAAAUUGUGUUUGUCAAGUCUUAUUUGGUAGAUUGGCCGAUAUCUUUGGUAGAAAGAAUAUCUUAUUAACUUCAUUAGGAAUAUUAGCCAUAGCAGAUUUAGCUUGUGGAUUUGCUCAAACUGGGGUUCAAUUUUAUAUAUUCAGAGCUUUUGCUGGUAUUGGCCAAGGUGGUAUUCAAUCUUUAACCAUGGUGAUGUUAAGUGAUAUUUGUACUUUAAAACAAAGAGGUAGAUAUCAAGGUAUCUUAGGUUCACAAGUUGGGUUAGGAAAUGCCUUGGGUCCUUUCAUAAUGUCUGGUUUUAUUGAACAUUCAAGUUGGAGAAACUUUUAUCAUAUGAUGCCACCUUUAAUUGUAUUAGUAAUGAUUACAGUUUGGUAUUUAAUCGAUUCAAAAAGAAAUGCUCAACAAUUAAACGAUGUCUUAAGUAGAAGAGAAAAGUUUAGGAAGAUUGAUUAUUUAGGUAUGCUUUUCAGUACUGCCAGUUUAACCUUAUUAUUGAUUCCAAUUAGUGGAGGUGGUUCAACCUAUGCUUGGGAUUCAUCUAUUGUUAUUGCAAUGUUCGUCGUGGGUGGAUUAUGUUUCGUAGGAUUUUUAAUCAUUGAAUGGAAAGUUCCAAAAUUACCAAUGAUUCCAUUAGGUUUAUUCACCAGAUUCUCAUUAUCACUUUUAUUAGGUACAAACUUCUUGUAUGGUAUGGCUUAUUAUGCCUUCACUUAUUAUUUACCUUAUUAUUUCCAAAUUGUAAGAGGUUUGGAUUCUAUUCAUUCUUCAGUGAUUUUAUUACCAUUGGUUUUAACCCAAUCAAUAUUCUCAAUCACCGCAGGUCAAUUAAUGAGUUAUACCGGUCAUUAUUAUUUCAUUGUUGUAUUUGGUUAUGGUAUUUGGACCGUUGCUUGUGGAUUAUGUCUUUUAUUCGAUGACACUACUACUUGGGGAGUUGUAUCUGGUAUUUUAAUUAUUAUGGGUAUUGGUGUCGGUUUCAUUUUCCAACCUUCAAUGGUAGCAGUUCAAAGUCUUGCUAAAAAAGCUGAAAGAGCAGUGGUAAUAAGUGCUAGAAAUGUGUUAAGAUCAUUUGGUGGUGCGGUUGGUAUUGCUGUUGCUUCUUUAAUUGUAUCAAACUCAUUAUUGGAACAAAUCAAAGUUGAAGAAAAACUUGAUAAUAUCCCUACCAGUUAUUUGAAUUAUUUAAAAAGUCAUAUCUUCACUCGUAUCGAAAUAAGCAAUUUAGACCCAUCACAGGUUCAAAUUAUUAAAGAUAUGUAUAUGAAGGCUAUUAAAGAUUUCUUCUAUUUAUGUGUUCCAUUGCUAGGAAUAUGUUUCGUUGGUUCUUUAUUUGUUAAAGAUCAUGGUUUACAUUGUAUAGAUGAAAUACCUGAAGCAAAGAAAGAAACUUCAAAGGUCUGA